AUGGAACCGGAUAAUUCGAACAAGGGCUCCACGGAGCAAGCUGGGAAACCGGAAAAGAGAAAUGCCUUUACCGAGCUCCUGGCUCCCAAAAGCAAGCAACCAAAGCCUGCGGCCAAAGCUGCAUCUAAUCGCAAUGAGGCUAAAGGCAGAGCUACUUUUGGAGCUCGAGAUGGACUAGGCACUUACAUCGCAAAGCCUGAGAGUCAUCGGCUUUAUCCUCUUGGUCCCAGAGUCUACCAUGACGAGGAUUUUGUGGCAAUCCAUGACAUGUUUCCAAAGUCAUCUGUACAUCUUCUUCUCCUCCCUCGCGACCAGUCCAAAACGCGCCUUCACCCAUUUGACGCUUUUGAAGACACCGAAUUUUUGGCGAAGGUGAAAGCCGAAACUUGCAAGCUUCGUGUCUUGGCAGCAGGCGAGUUGAGGCGUAAAUAUGGAAAGGACUCUGUACAGGAGCAACCGAGACAGGCAGCGCUGAGCGCUGAUCCACCGCCGAAUGAGUUACCCCAGGGCCGUGACUGGGGGCAAGAAAUUGUCGCCGGAGUGCAUGCAGUACCAUCCAUGAAUCACUUGCAUGUUCAUGUGUUGUCGGUGGAUAGGUAUAGCGAGCGCCUGAAGCAUCGGAAACACUACAAUAGCUUCUCCACACCAUUUUUCGUGCCAAUUGACGAUUUUCCUCUAGCGCAUGAUGAUGAACGACGAAAGCCGACGGAGCAGGGGUAUCUAAAGCGGGACUUCGCUUGCUGGCGCUGUGGCGAGGUGUUUGGGAAUCGAUUUACUGACUUGAAAAAACAUCUGGAGCACGAGUUUAUGGAGUGGAAGAAAUUGUGA